AUGCCACUGCUGAAGAAAACACCCAAGGAGGAGGAGGAGGAUGGCGACCCCUUCGCUGACAACCCUGAGAGCCGCUACCGCCGCCGGGCCACCCUGGAGCGCCUGGUGGGGCUGGCACCCUUUGGCCGUGCUCGCCGCGCCCCCCCCAAAGACGAGGAUGGGGACGGUGGCCGGGCGCGGCGGCGGUCGGAGGAUUUUGGGCUGUUGCGGCGGCUGCCGGGGCGGCGCAAGGCCAGCGUGGAGGCGCUGGCGGAGAGGCCAGUCCCCAAGCGCAGCUCGCUGCUGCGGCUGGCCUUGGGGACACGGGGACGGCGGGGGUCCGCGGGCGAGCGCCCGCCAACAGUGGAGAGUGAGGGGGUGUCCGACGGGGACCAGGACGGCGGGGGACAGCGGCAGGAGGGGCGCGGGAAGGCCAGGGAACCGCUCUCGGUGCUGGAGAUCCUGGAGCUGAUCCAGCGGCGGGAGCUGGUGGCGGCCGACGAGCAGAUCAUCGCGCUGGAGGCGGAGUGUGUGGCCUCAUCCUCAUCCCUGUCCCCUGUCCCCACGGCUGGGCGGCAGGCGCGGGACGUGGCGCUGCUCUACGAGGCGCUACUGGCGCAGCUCUGGGCAGUGGUGGGCGAAGCAGUGCCCGCCGGGCGCCCCUACCCCCCCUUGCGCUCAGUGAUCCGGGUGCUGGAGCAGGAGGAGGUGGCCGAUCGCCAGCACCCACCGGGCACGCCGGGCCGCCCGCGUGCCCUCCGGCGCCGCUGGCAGGAGGCGGUGGGACGGGCGGCGGGCGAGAGGUUGGCGCAGGUGGCACCCGCCGCUGGGUUGGGUGCCCGGUUGGCAGCGCUAGCGGCUCGGUUGGUGGGCGAUCUGGGGGCUGUGCGGUGCCAUGUGGCACCCGCUUACCCCCCCGAGUACGGUGCCUUCGGGGUCUACGCCCGUGGGUACCACCGGGCACUGGCACAGCAGCUGGGCACGCUGGCGCAGAGACCCCUCGCCGUGCCUGACCUCUACCUGCUGCUCGACUGGCACAGCAACACCUACCCCAGGGAGGUGCUGGGGCACCCUGAGGUGGGGGCCCUGCUGCAGGCACAGGCACUGGGGCCCCUCCUGCCCCCCGAGACCCAGCGCAGCCUCGAGAGCUCCUGCAUUGCUGCCGUCAAGGUGAAGGUGGAGGUGGCGGUGGCACAGGAGCUGCAGCUCAGCGAGGACACGUGGGCAGAGGAGACCUCCAGCCAGGAGCUGCAGGAGGGACUGGCCACCCGCGUCACUGGGCUGCUGCGGGCGCACGUGGACCGAGCCCCCCAGAUCACCCCCGAGUUUGGCAUGGAGAUGGCACACAGCCUCCUGGGCGUGCUGGUGGCCUUCCUGCACAGUUUCCAGCGGAAGGUGGAGCGGUUCCUGGAGGCCCCUGGCGAAGCCACCCCACCUGACAGUGCCACCGGCCGAGCCAUCGCCCUGGUCAACUGCUGCCCCCCCUUCAGGACCUUCGCUGAGCGCUUGGCGCAGUUUGGGCACCCAGAGAGCGAGGAGCCCCGGCGCCAGGCUCACGCCACCCUGGACAAGGUGACCCGGCUCUGCAACCACGUCCUCACCCAGCGCCUCUUCGAGGACCUCAAGCCCUACUUCAACAAGCUGAUGAAGCGCAAGUGGCUGACGAGCUCCGACGCCUUUGACACCAUCGUGAUGCUCAUCACCAGCUUCACCCAAAAGCUGCGCCCGCUGCGCCCCGAGCCCUACCAGGUGCUGGUGAGUGAGGUGCACCGGCGGGUGCUCAUCGAGUAUGUGCGGCCGCUGCUGCAGGUGCGCUUGGUCUGCACCUCAGCCAAGAUGCGCGCCCGGGUGGCCGCCCGCCUCGGGGACGAAGCCCGCCAGCUCCGCGAGCUCUUCAGCCGCUUGGAUUCGGCCUCGCCCUGGCUGGAUUCGGUGGUGCCGCGGUUGAGGGAGCUGCUGGUGCUGGAGGACACGGCGGCACUGCAGAUGGAGGUGGGCGUCCUGGUGAGGGACUUCCCCGACAUCCGGCGGAAGCACGUGGCGGCGUUGCUGGACGUGCGGGGUCUGCGGGGCCAGGCGGCGCGGCAGGAGAUCCUGGGGGUGGUGCAGGACCUGGAGCAGAGCGAGGCCGAGCCGGGGCUGCCGCGCCAACGUGCCUUCUUCUCCGAGCUGGCGGUGGCCCGCGAGGUGCGAUGCCUGCCCUUCCACCUGCCCCGCCUGGCACGCCUCUCCCGCCUCCGCUUGCGCCGCCCGCACCCCCAGCGCCCCGGCCAGGCGCGGCUCUGA